AUGGCACAUAUAGAUGCAGGGAAGACAACAACAGGAGAAUGUUUGCUGCUGCUGUCUUCUUUAUUAGCAGCAAAAGGGAAUGUUGAUGAAGGAACUACAGCAUUAGAUUUCCUUAUACAGGAGAGGGAGAGAGGCAUAACAAUUCAAGCUGCUGCUUGUCGAUUUCUUUGGAGGCAAUUCGUCUUUAACCUUAUCGAUACCCCUGGGCAUGUAGAUUUUUCUAUGGAGUUGGAGUUAUCUUUGCUUGCUGCUGACGGCGUCGUUUUGCUGCUCGAUGGUACUCGCGGUGUUGAAGUACAAACUGCAGCAAUCUGGCGGCUGCUGCAGCAGCAGCAGCGCCUGCAGCAGCAGCAGCAACAACAGCAGCAGCAGCAGCAAGAGCAGCAACGCAUAUUACGGCAUAUUCCGCGAUUUAUCUUCGUUAACAAGAUGGAUCGAGAUGGGGCAGAUGCGGAUGCAUGCCUCCACUCGGUGCGUCGUCGUCUUGGGGCUUGGCCGCUGCAGCUCAAUGUUGCUGUUCGCCCUCCUGCUGCUGCUGCUAGUGCAGCAGGAACAGCAGCAAGGCCGCUGCUGCAUAUAAUAGACCUUACAGACUUGCGCUGCCGCAGCUACAUGUCCCAUCCCCUAGGCAGCAGUUUGCUGCCACUAGUAAAGGAGACAGUCCCUCCUGCUGCUCUGCAGCAGCUGGUGGAGUCUCCAGCAGCAGCAACAGCAGCAGCAGCAGCAGAAGCAGCAGCAGGACGUCUCGCCGCCACCCUUGCUGCUGCAGAUGGAGGCAACAGCACAGAACAACAAUUUAAAUGGUGGCAGCAGCCGCUGCUGCUGCAGCAAGUGCUGCAGCAACGGCAGCUGCUGCUGGAGGACGUCUGUCUACUUGACGAGACCUUUGAGGCCCUUGCAUGCAGCAGCAGCAGCAACAACAGCAGCAGCAACAGCAGCAAAAUGACAACGGAGCUGUGGCUUGCUCUGCGUCGUAUUGUUGCUGCUAAUUCAGCUGUUCCUGUCCUCUUUGGAUCCGCUAGGGAUACGUGUGGGGCAGAGUUGCUGCUGGAUGCUGCUGCUGCGCUGCUGCCUUCUCCCUUAGAGAUAUCCUUGCCGCAGCAGCAGCACUUUUAUUCUGCUGCAUUUAUGCAAGCUAAGCAGCAGCAGCAGCGGCAGCGACAGCAGCAGCAGCAGCAGCAACAGCGCCUGCAGAGAAGGAAUAACCAAGGAAUUCCCCUUGCAGAGCUAUCACCGCAACAGCAGCAACAGCAGCAACAACAGCAACAACAGCAGCAGCAGCGCCAAGGAGGAAAACUGUUCGCACCCAGCAGCGCUGCUGUUGCUGCUGUUGCUGCUGCUGAGGUAGCAGCAGAUGCUGCUGCAUCAGCAGCAUUAAGCAGCAUCCCAUCAGCAACAGCAACAGCAGCACCAACAACAGCAACAACAGCAGCAGCACUAGUCCCUGCUGCUGCUGCUGUUGCACCGCAUGCAGUAGCAGCAGCCGCAGCAUUUAAGGUCCUCCCUGAUCCUCUUGGUCAACGUCUUGCCUAUUGCAGGAUAUUUGCUGGCCGGCUGGAAGCUCCGUGUAUCCUCUUUAACUCAUCGCAGCAGCAGGUAGAAAUGAUUGAGCAGCUGCUGCUGCCUGCUGCUGCUGCAUACAGCCCAGCAGCAGCAGCAGCAGCAGGAGAAGUUGCGGUGCUGCGGGGCUUAAAACAUACAAAGGCAGGGGAUACAUUGCAUGCGAUCCAUGCUGCUGCUGCGGCUGCUGCUGCUGCUGCUGCUCAUCAGCAGCGGCAGCAAAUGCUGUCGCCAUUUGUCUAUCAGCUGCUGUCGGAGCAAAUGGAGUCGCCGCUCGCAGCAGCAGCAGCAGCUGCUGCUGCUGCUCCUGCAACCGGCAGCAGCAGCAGCAGCAGCAGCAAGAAGCAUAUGAAGCAUUUCUGUAAAGAUGCAUUGCUUGCUAGGCUGGAGCAGCAGCAGCGGCAGCAGCAGCGCGUAUUACCUGUAUGUUUCUGCAGCAUAGACUGCAGCAGCAGCAGCGAGGAGCAGCAGCUGCAGCAAGCGCUGCAGCUGCUGCAGCUGCAGGAUCCUUCCUUAUUAUUUACUGCAGCAGAAGGAGAGCCAUUCGUCUUAUGGGGCAGAGGGCAGCUGCAGCUAGAGCUUGUUAGAGAUAGACUAAGAAGGGAAUUUGGUGUGACAACGCACUUGGCUCCCGUGGAGGUCGCAUACAAAGAAGUGCUGCUGCAGUCGCUAAGAGGCAGCAUUACGUGGCCUGCCCGCAGCAGCAGCAGCAGCAGCGGGAGCAUGCAGAGCAGGAGGCGAGGAGGCAGCAACAGCAGCAACAGCAGCAGCAUUUGCUUAGAUAUGGAGUUAGUGCCGCUGCCUCUGGUGUCUCCUGAGCUGCGUCUCUCUUCUUUACUUAAGGGAGAGGCCGAUCCCGCUCCUGCUGCUGUUGCUGCAGCAGUUGCAGCAGCAGCAGCGCCUGCUGCUGCUGCUGCUGUUGAUAACAAUUUUCCUAUGGAAGCCCUGCGGACCCUAACCCCGCCAUCAGCACGAACAGCAGCAGCAGGAGCAGCAGCAGAAUCUCCCCUAGGUCGCAUGCAAGGAUUCUCCUCUUCCUUUCUUGUCAUUGGGUCUAAGGCGCAGCAGCAGCUGCUGCAGCUUGAUGCAGCAGACAGCAGCUAUGGCAGCAGCAGCAGCACUAGCAGCAGCAAAAGCAAUGGGGGAGCUGUGCUACAUGCGAUAGAGACAGCAGCAGCAGCAGCACUUGCUGCAGGUCCCCUACGGGCUUCUCCUGUUGAUUGGCUGUAUGUUCACCUGAACUCGGUAGAGAUUGAAGGAGAUCCUGCUGCUGCUGCUGCUGUUGCUGCUGCUGCUGCUGCUCAUCUGCUGCGCAGGCUUCUGCGGGAGGGCUACUCAGAUGACGGCGAUGCAGUAGACGAGGACGCCUCUGCCCAAGCAGCAGCAGCAACAGCAGCAGCAGCAGCAGCAGCAGCAGGGCAGCUUGUUACAUUAGCUGAGCCUAUUAUGCACCUUGAGCUGCUGCUGCCUGCUGCAUGCGUCGGUGCAGCAGCAACAGAACUAACUCAGCAAAGAGAGGCGCAAGUUAUCUCUAUUACUGCAGCACACCCUGCUGCUGCUGCUGCUUCUGCUGCUGCUGAUGGUGCUGUUGCUGCUGCUGCUGACGGUUGUGGGGUCUCUGAGGACGAAGAGCGCCUUAUGCAACUCGAUGCAGCGUGUAUAGCAAAGAAAAGACAAAUAGAUUAA